UGGUGGGGAGAUUGGCGGAGACAGACUGGUUGAAGAGAGAGGCGAUCGCAGGAGAGGGCCAGAAAAGUGUCAGAAAGUUAAUGCGGGAGGCGGAGAGAGGGGCAGCGACGCAACCAGCAGCAGAGGCCCUCAGCCAUCUGCGUACCCGAAGGCGGUCGCGGUGGUCGCGGAAGGGACGGCGCCCGGACGCUGGCUCCCUAUGGAGGCGUCCGAGCUGCUGGGCCCGGGGCUGGUGGAGCGUCUGGAGCAGCUGGCGACGUGCCCGCUGUGCGGGGGCCCCUUCCAGGACCCGGUGCUCCUGGCGUGUGAGCACAGCUUCUGCCGCGCGUGCCUGGCGCGCCGCUGGGGGACCCCGCCGGCGACCGGCCCGGAGACGCCCCCCACCGCGUGCCCGUGCUGCGGCCUGCCGUGCCCCCGCCGCUGCCUGAGGUCUAACGUGCGGCUGGCGGUGGAGGUGCGGAUCAGCCGCGGACUGCGGGAGAAGCUGGCCGAGCCCGAGGCGCGUGCGGGGAAACGCCGGGGCGGCCGCAUCCCCACCAUGGGCUGCCUGGACCCGCACGAAGAGGAUAUGAAGAAGACAUGGAGAAGGUUUGAUGCCCCAAUGCCCAAGUCAUCUAACUCAGAGGACGAUCUCCCUGAAGAUUACCCAGUGGUCAAAAACAUGCUUCAUAGACUGACGGCCGACCUGACCCUGGAUCCUGGCACCGCUCACCGCCGCCUUCUGGUCUCCGCGGACCGCCGCAGCGUCCGACUGGCCCCACCGGGGACACCCGCGCCCCCCGACGGCCCAGCGCGCUUCGAUCAGCUGCCGGCGGUGCUGGGCGCGCAGGGCUUCGCGGCUGGCCGCCACUGUUGGGAGGUGGAGACCGCGGACGCCGCCUGCCGCGGAGAGGCUUCCGGGGAGGAUGAGGACGACGGGGAGAGCCUCUACGCCCUGGGCGCGGCCGGGGAGUCGGUGCGACGCAAGGGCCGAGUAGGGCUGUGCCCCGCGGGGGCCGUGUGGGCCGUGGAGGGUCGCGGCGGGCGCCUGUGGGCGCUCACGGCCCCGGAGCCCACCCCGCUGGGCGGCGCGGGGCCCCUGCCGCGGCGCAUCCGCGUGGACUUGGACUGGGAGCGGGGCCGCGUGGCCUUCUACGACGGCCGCUCCCUCGACUUGCUCUUCGCCUUCCAGGCGCCCGGCCCCCUGGGGGAGCGCGUCUUCCCGCUGCUGUGCACCCGCGCCCCCCUCCGCAUCGUGCCAGCGGAAGGCUGAGAGGCUGGCCCACAACCCCCAUUCUGACUUGGCUCAAAAGCAGGCCGCUUCCUCUUGGGCACGGAAAUCCCUACUCAUUCCAGGGAUGACGUCCACGCCCACUGCCGGUGUACUGAUAAGCACGCCCGCCCCCCCACCUACACUAUUUUCUCCCAAGUAGUUAGGACCUCAGCUGGCCUCCAGUUUCCACAUCCAUGCCCAAAGCUGAAUUCAUUCCUGCCCCCAGCCCCAGUCUUGGGAUGCUUCUCUCCCACGGUUCCCCCAGUACUUCCCAAGGGAUCUCUCCCCUUCUGUCUUUCCCAGGCCUAAAUUGGGAAACAAGUCCUGCCCCAUCAGUGCCGGUAAACGGCCAGUGUUUAAUACACAGAGGCCUUGUCGAUGAAACAUUCACCUCCCACCCCUGCCUCUCCUCCUGGCUAAGAAGGGCCCAGUGCCCUCUCCACAGCUCUGAGGCUUGGGCUUCCCUGCCUGGUCCACUCUGAGGUUUCCUCUCAAGAGGAACAAGAGCCUCCUCCCCAAAAACAAGAGGCUUGACUCUGGCCUGGGCCUUAAUUAAGGCCCUCUGUUUUGGGGAGAUGGGGACCGGCCAGCUCUACUCCACCCUGACAGCUUUUUCCCAUUAAGAACCUUCUUAAAACCUGCCCUGGCACAUACUCACAAGGAACCAAUGUUGCUACCUCUCCUUUCCUCAGCCUGGGAAUGGCCCAGACACCACAAAUUCACCCUUGUAUAUAGCCUCACUUCUUUCCCCAUAAGUAUAAAUGGGCCUGUAUUUAACACAUUUUGUGAUGUUGGGUUAUUUAUUUUGUGCAUCUGUGGCAAUAAAUGAGAUCUCAAUGGUG